AUGUUGGCUGAUUCUUCUUAUGUACUGUAAAAGUUGCCUACUUCAAAGGAUUACAAGGUAGCGAAAUUAAAAUCUCAGAAUGUUUUCAACAUAUUGGAAACGGUAGAAUAUCCAGGGAGGAUCCCAACAGUAUUCACAGAAACUAAAAUCCUCUCAACCUUAUAAAAUGAAGAAAAUAAUAGAACCAUGAUCUAAUGUUUGUAAUUCAAUUUAACCAAUAUUCAAAGGCCAGAACUCCAAUAAAACUUGUCAAUUUACAUUACAUCAACUUAUGACUAAUGUCUUUUGAGAUAUCAACCACUCAAUCAUAGUCAUGCUAUAUUGAAAGGAGUUCGAGCUGAUGAAAUUAAAAUUGGAGAUUCUACCAUUAUUCAGUUGCAUAGCUAUAGUAGAGAUAGUAAAGAGAUCGUAUUUGAGAACAUUGAAAAAAUUGAAGUAGCAGCGAAUACAUUGAAAUCGGUUAAAACAGAUAAGGGCUACUACAUCACAGAGUCAUUGAUAAUUUCAGACUAAGAGAUGACCUGUACAUAAGAAUUCAUAAUUGACAUAUUAUCAGAAGACAGUUAAAACUUAACUAAGCGUGUAAAGUUCUUGAAUUGA